AUGUAUGAACUACCAGACAGUCUCAAGCAAAAGCUUGAUUCUUACUUCCUUUCUGACGAUGCUUCUUCCCUAUCUAACUGGAAUAAUUGGAGUUUUAUCUCCUUCUUGGAAUUUACAAAAAAGAGAAGAGCUUUGUCAAUAAAAAAUAAAAGAGAUCUCCACCAAAGGUUUUCAAACUCUCUAAACGCAAUUUUAAUGUCAGACGCGCCAAGAGAGGUGAAAGAAGUGACUAAGGCUCUGCAGGGUGAGAUGUAUUCGACUAGUGUUGAUUUGUUCUGGAAGGAAGUUCAAACGAGUGAGGAGAUUGCUGUUGCACAAGCUGAAUAUCAGCGCAAACAAGCUUUCAUCGAAUUAAAAAAAUGGAGGGUGAUUGAGAGUCGCGAAAGAGAAGUAGAGAAGGAUGUGAAUGUAAUUAUAAUCGCUGAUAUGAAGGCACUAUCGGUCACCACCACCUCGUUAUACUCCCACAAUACAGCAAUACCACCUCGCAAUGCGCUACAACCACUAUCACAGGAUGCUUCCACCACAACACCACCACCUGUUAAUACUUCUACAGCGCUACCACCUCGUUAUACUCUCACGACACCACCUGGUAAUGCUUCCAUAGCACCACCACCUCGUUAUACUUUCACAACACCACCUCGUAAUGCGCCACCACCACUAUCACAGAAUAUUUUUAAACGUUUUCUUGAUAUUUACGAGACAAGUUUCGAAAUGGAUUGGGCGCCUUGGAAGUUCGACAUCACAAUAAAUAAUGUGAACAUAGAAUGCGUACUUAUGAGCUUGCAUGAAAAAUGCCAGAAGACGAAACCAAAAACUACAUCACUCGAAUACGGCAUAAUUGAUCUCAACGACGGAAUCAUUUUAGAAGCUUUGGGGCAAUCAGUGAUAUCACAUUUUGAAGCAAAGAUGCAAGAAUAUAAACCUAAGAAAGCUUUAUCCGCAGAAGUUAUAAGAAUCUUGAAAACAUUUAAUGUUACAUCUUUGGAAGACCUUGGAAAGGCACUUGACGAUGUCAAAAUUGAUUAUAAUAAUUUGGAUCGUGAUAUUAUCUACUUGCGUCGUCUUUUCGAAAAAUUAGACCUACCGGAAGGCUGGUAUAACAGCCACAUCGUAGCACCAAUCUUCGAUGAUUGCCUCGAAUCAAUGGAUGAAUGUAUUCUCCGACGAGGUGAAGUGGAAAGCUUUGUGCAAAAGCUUCUUGAAAAAAAAUCAAGAAAAAGGAAAAAGUAUGACGGGAUUUUAUCUUUUAGCAGACAAUUUGAGUUCAUAUACGUAGAGACGGCAACAACUUCCGUACUUUCAAAGUCGGAUAAAGAUUUAUCGAAGCUACACAAUGCUAUUAUCCUUAUGUUUAAGCAUAUGGUAUCGACGUUACCGGAAAAAUUACUACACGAGAUUUCAUCCAUGCCCAUUCUUUGCGUGCAAUUCAGCGGAGCAAGCGUUGAAAUUUAUUUAGCAAUCUGGUUAACAAACAUGCGACCAGUAGUUUUUUCAAUUAUGGACUUCGAGAUAGCAGAAGAGAUAACGACAUUUCCGAAAAUGACAAAGGUUGCCGCCAAAAUGUUGUUCUUGCGGCCUUUUAUUCAAAAUCUUCAUAAAAGAUACCAAACAUUGUUAACGAAAGAGGCCGACUAUUAUUUGGAUGAUAACAAUACCUGGACAUCACCAAUGAGGAUGAAAGCUC